CAGGCAUUGAAAGGGAGGAGCCGAUACACCUGUGAAAGACUGAAGGGGAGGAGCCGGUACACCUGUGCAAGACUGAAGGGGAGGAGCCAGUACACCUGUGCGAGACUGAAGGGGAGGAGCCGCUACACCUGUGCAAGACUGAAGGGGAGAAGCAGGUACACCUGUGCAAGACUGAAGGAGAGGAGCCGGUACACCUGUGCAAGACUGAAGGGGAGGAGCCGGUACACCUGUGCAAGACUGAAGGGGAGGAGCCGGUACACCUGUGCGAGACUGACGGGAAGACGCCAGUACACCUGUGCAAGACUG